GCUUUUUUGGCAUUUUCAGGGAAAACAAGUCAUUUCCGUUUUAGGGUGGAUUUCCUGUGUAGACGCGCUGAAACGACCGCGCGCUCAAACAUCCCCGCACGAGAGGGAGGAGUGAGAGCUGUUUACUUUGUGGGGCAGAACGCUCACAUUCAUCCAGCUGCACGCGGGGACAACAGCUGUUCGCUUUACACAUCCAGUCAACUCCAUUGUUACGCACAGUCAUGGUUUUUACGCACAGGUGAACUUAUCACGCGCCUCGAACCAAAGCCUCGAGCACAAGGAGAAGUGUUACAGAAGCUUUACUCGCGAAUUUAAAACUCUCCGACUGAUUUUAUUAAUCUGAAUUGCUUGGAGUUGCUUCCAGAGUCAUGUCCAGGAAGAAGGCAGUGAAAGGCAAAGGGAGCUCCAAGAGCCCCAAGGCGUCUCCGAGCAGCGGGAGGACGAGCAGAGGUCUGGCCGCCGCUGCUGCUCCUUCCUCCGGACUGGUGUAUCCCAGCAGACCGUCCAUCAGCAACAGCGGGGAGUUUUACGAUAUAGCCUUCAAGGUGAUGCUGGUGGGCGACUCAGGUGUCGGGAAGACCUGUCUGCUGGUCCGCUUCAAAGACGGAGCCUUUCUAGCCGGCAGCUUCAUCUCCACUGUGGGCAUCGACUUCAGGAAUAAAGUAAUGAACAUCGAUGCCGUGAAGGUCAAACUGCAGAUCUGGGACACUGCUGGACAGGAGCGUUUCCGGAGCGUCACACACGCGUACUACCGCGACGCUAACGCUCUCCUCCUCCUCUACGACGUCACCAACAAAGCAUCCUUCGACAACAUCCGGGCAUGGCUGACGGAGAUCCAUGAGUACGCUCAGCAGGACGUGGUCAUCAUGCUGCUGGGUAACAAGGUCGACUCCUCGCAUGACAGGAUGGUGAAGCGAGAGGAGGGGGAGAAACUGGCUAAGGAGUUUGGAGUGCCUUUCAUGGAGACGAGUGCUAGAUCUGGACUGAAUGUGGAGCUGGCCUUCACUGCAGUGGCCAAAGAGCUGAAGCACCGGACCAUGAAGGAGCCCGAGGAGCCGAAGUUCCAGCUGCAGCAGUACGUCGACAAAGAAAUGAGGACCGCCGGCUGCUGCCGCACGUAGACCGCAUCCUCUGUGUGUGUGGGUGUGUGUGUGUGUGCAAAAGAGAGAGAGGUACAUACACACAAUUAGAGCAGUAAUUAAUCUUCUAGUCUGGGAAUGAUCCCCACAUUCUCAGUGUUUGUAACAUUUCUAUCAAUAAGCUCUCUCUCCCAACCCACCUAUCCUCUGCAACUGUGAAUGUAAUAUAACUACUAUAUACCUGCAUGUACACACACACACACACACACACACACACACUCACACACACACACACACACACACACACACACACACACACACACACACACACACUGUACAUCAACGGCUAUGUGUGUAUGUUUACUUCACAGCUCUUUCGAUCCAUUUUUCCAUAAUUUUGAUGUAAAUAUUUUAAAUGUAAUUUUGUUCUCUGACAGAUUUGUAGUUUAGUAAAUGCCCGUCAUGUUGAAACAGAGACAUGUUAAAUAUGAAAUAAACAUCAUUAAUAUAUACAAAUAAAUAGAUCUUAUGAACACAUUUGUACAGAUGAAGUGCACCUAAAGAAAGCUGCCAAAUGGCACUGUGUGCUACAGUAUGUACAGGAUAUCAUAUCAGUUUCAAUACCUGUGACCAUUGCUAUCAUUUUACUGGCUUGAAAUUUAAUUUGAGCUCUUUACCUUUUAUACACAGAACCUUAUGUUAAAAAUAAGUUAUGUGAAGCAAUUUCUCAUUAAGAAAUCUCUGAUAACUGUUAGAUCAUCUUAAUGUAAAAGUCAACGUCGUCAGCAAAGACAAUUUCUAACACUAAAAGAAAAAGCAAAAAACAUUUUAAAUAACAUUUUUCUUUAAAUAAAACCAACAUUUUGCUAUGAAAUCUGGUCUUGAAAGCUAUUUUCCCAAAUAAGAGAGUUAUUAUUAUUAUUAUUACCAUUAUUAUUAUCAUUAUUUGU